UGGCGGCUUCGCGGGUGCCGGACCGGACGGAGCGCCGAGCUGGAGACCGAGAGGAUUUCGCUGGGGAGGCGAUUCGCGUAUGAAAUUUCCUGAAUGCUGCUCAUAUUCUGGCCGCCUUCAAGCAAAAGAGCAAGAGUUCGAUCUGGCUGUUCUUGAAAUUUGGAUGAUAUUGUUCAGGUCUGGCCAUGGAAGCUGAGAACGAAGUGGAGAGCAGCAGUGAUGCUGCCCCUCGGCCAGAGCGGCAGGAGGAGCCCUCCGAGAGCGGCCUCGGCAUGGAGACGUCCGAGGCCGUGUCCGCAGACAGCAGUGAUGCUGCCCGGGUGCCAGUCACUCUCUCAGAAGCAGACGAGUCGGGGGUCGGCCAGAGCUCUGACCGCGGAGGCGUCUCUCUGGCCGAGGUGUCUGAGAGCAGCCCCGGCAGAGACGCCCUACCCAGGGCCUACCUACCCGACUCCUCCUCCAUCGCACAGCCCGCCCUGGUGUCCAGCAUCUCUGCCGCCACGAGCCAGUCCCUCCUGAUCUCGCAGUCCCCGCAGGGCCUCGUUCACUCCAGCGUGCUGGCGGAAGGGGCUGCCGUGGUGUCGGAUUCCACGGCCUCCACCUCCUCUGACCUGGGCUCCGCCAUCGACAAGAUCAUCGAGUCCACCAUCGGGCCAGACAUCAUUCAGAGGUGCAUUGCUGUGACCACUGAAGAGGACGGCGGGGCGCAGACCACCCAGUACCUCAUCCUGCAGGGGCCAGACGACGGCGCACCUGUGAUGUCCCACCUGGCCAGCUCCGGCUUGGCCCCUGGCGUGGCAGCGGAGUCUCUGGUGGACGGCCCCACCUCCACGUGUGUGGAGCCCCCGGCCCCGUUGGAGCGGCCUGCCCCGUUGGCCCAGUCCGGGGAGCCCGACCUGGAGAGCCUGGAGGAGCUGAUGGAGGUGGUGGUGGUGCAGCAGUUCAAGUGCAAGAUGUGCCACUACAAGAGCAGCGUCAAGCAGACCCUCCUCCACCACAUGCGGGAGCGGCACUUCCAGCCGGCUGCAACUGCUGUCUUGAAAAAGGGGCGCCCACGUAAGGGGGUUUCUGUGCAAAAGUCCCCUGCGGUAGCGAAGCCAGAGGAGGAGGAGGAAGACGACGACAUUGUGGACGCUGGGGCUCUGGAUGACGCGGAAGAUGACAGUGACUACAACCCGGCUGAGGACGAGCCCCGUGGGCGGUUGCCCAAGCCCAGCCGCCCCCUUCCCUCCUCCAGCGAAGAACGGCUGCGCCGGCGUCCAGGAAGGCCCCGCAAGUUCCCUCGCUUGGCAUCUCUGCCUCAGACGGAAGGUGACGGGAUGGAUCCUGUGGUCUCCUCGCAGUGUGCCCCUCGGGGAGACCUGCAGGGCGCCGAGGCAGCCAGCUCCUCCGCUCCGGCCCCCCUCCCUGGCGGAUGUGUCGCAGAGCCUGCUGUCAGCCAGUCUGACUCCGAGAACAGAGACCCCGCCUCUCACGAGGAGCCGGAACAGAUUCCCCGCCGGCGAGGCCGGCCCUCCCACCGUUUCCUGGGCAAGAAGUUCUGCAAGUACAUGGGCCGCAGGUACUGCUACAAGUCUGCCAAACCCCUGAUGCGCCCCUUCCUGUGCCGGAUCUGUGGCUCCCGCUUCCUCACGCACGAGGACCUGCGCUUUCACGUCAACUCACACGAGGCCGGCGAUCCCCAGCUCUUCCGCUGCCUGCAGUGCAGCUACCGUUCCCGGCGCUGGUCGUCUCUGAAGCACAUGUUCAACCAUGUGGGCAGCAAGCCGUACAAGUGCGAGGAGUGUGACUACACCAGCGUCUACAAGAAAGACGUGAUCCGCCACUCUGCGGUGCACAACCGGGACAAGAAGAAGCGAGCUGACCCGCCGCCCAAGCGGAGCUCCUUCCCUUGCCCCAUCUGCAGCCGCGUCUACCCCAUGCAGAAGCGCCUCACCCAGCACAUGAAGACGCACAGCGCUGAGAAGCCCCACAUGUGCGACAAGUGUGGGAAGUCCUUCAAGAAGCGCUACACCUUCAAGAUGCACCUCCUGACCCACAUCCAGGCCAUCGCAAACCGCCGGUUCAAGUGCGAGUUCUGCGACCACGUCUGCGAAGACAAGAAGCUGCUCCUCAACCACCAGCUCCUGCACAUCAACGACAAGCCCUUCCGCUGCGGCCUCUGCUCCUACGCCACCGUGCGCGAGGACUUCCUGCUCUCCCACAUGGCCGUCAAGCACACAGGAGGCAAGCCCUUUGCCUGCGAGCUCUGCCACUUCACCACCAAGCACAAGAAGAACCUGCGCCUCCACGUCCAGUGUCGCCACGCGGAGAACUUCGAGGACUGGGUGCAGCAACACCCGGAGGAGCCCCCCUGCCGCCGCCGCCCCUUCUUCACCCUCCAGCAGAUCGAGGAGCUGAAGCAGCAGCACAGGCAGGGCCAGCCGGCCGCGGAGGCAGCCACCCCCCGCCCAUCGCAGGCCACCUCCCAGCCAGUGGAAGCGCCGCCUGCCCCUGAGCCCCCCGUCCUCGCGCCAGAGCCGCUGGAGGGGGCCACCGUCAUCUAUGAGGCAGGCGUAGAAGGCUCGGCCGAGCUGGCCACGCAGACGGCGCUGGACCUCUUGCUGAACAUGAGCAGCCAGCGAGAACUGCCCGGCAGUACCCUGGAGGUGGCCAUGGUGCAGGCAGACGGCUUUCCCCAGGCCUCCGAGGGCCAGGCGCCUCCGGAAGGUGGGGGGGAGGAGGAGGACUCCCACACCAAGGUGCUGACCCUGCACGUCACGCAGCAGAGUGAGGCCCUGGUGCAGGAGGCCUAUGAGGAGACGGUCCUGGGCAGCGCUGAGCUCCAGCAGGUCACCAUCCCCUUCAGCGGCACGACGGAGUACAGCAUCAUCGCCCCCAGCGGGGAGGCCAGCGGCACUCUCUAUGGCGAGGAGGAGGAGGAGAGUCCCAGCGAGGCGGUGCAAGCGGUGAUCAGAGAUACCCUGAAGGACAUCGUGGCCCCUCCCGGCGGCCUCCCAGGGGGCCAGCAGCCUCCCGCAGAGCCCCUGGUGCAGCGCUUGACUUGGCAGGCCCCCAAGGCCGUGGCCCCGGCCCCCGAGAGCCAGACGGAGGCCUCCCCCCAGGCAGAGGCGUCCAAGAAGCUCCCCUGCAAGAAGCUGCCCCCCGGCCAGGGCGCCUCCUCGGCCAAGAAGUUCUCCUGCAAGGUCUGCACGGCGACGUUUGCCGGCCGGGCGGAGAUGGAGAGCCACAAGCGGGCCCACGUCGGGCCCAGCGCCUUCAAGUGCCUGGACUGCCCCUUCACGGCCCCCGCCUGGCCGGACGUCCGGAGACACAUGGAGCAGCACGCCAGCCUCCGGCCCCACAAGUGCCAGCACUGCAGCUUCGCCUCCAAGAACAAGAAGGACCUGCGCCGGCACACCCUCACCCACACCAACGAGAAGCCCUUCUCUUGCCACGUCUGUGGGCAGAGGUUCAACCGCAACGGGCACCUCAAGUUCCACGUGCAGCGGUUACACAGCUCGGAAGGGAAGCCGCCGGCGGAGCCUGCGCCCAGCGCCCCCCAGGCCAUCAUCCUGAACAGCGACGAGGAGACCCUGGAGACCCUGCAGACCGCUCUGCAGUCCAGCCAGGCCCUCCUGUCUCCAGAGGGGCUCCACCAGGCGCUGGGGCAAGAGCACAUCAUCAUGGCCCAAGAGCAGAGCGGCCCCGAGCAGGAGGAGGAGGAGGCCGCCUACAUCCAGGAGAUCAUGACGACGACGGCCGACGGGCAGAUGGUGCAGCACCUGGUGGCAGCCGAGAACCAGGUCCAGUACAUCAUUACCCAGGACGGCGUCCAGCACCUGCUGCCCCACGAGUACGUCGUCCUGCCCGAGGGGCAUCAUAUCCAGGUGCAGGAUGGGCAGAUCACGCACAUCCAGUACGAGCAAGGCAGCCCGUUUGUGCAGGAGCCCCAGAUCCAGUACGUCCCCGUGUCCCCCGGGCAGCAGCUCGUCACCCAGGCUCAGCUGGAGGCAGCCGCCCACUCUGCAGUGACAGCAGUGGCGGAUGCUGCCAUGGCCCAGGCCACGUUGGGCACAGAGGGCGCCACAGAACAGCUCCACCAGCUGCAGCCCGGCGUCCACUACGACAUCAUCACCCUGGCAGAGUAGAGCGAGGGGCGGACCUUCUCUUCCACCGAGGCGACCCGCUGCCGUGGGGAAGCGGGACUGGGGGUGCGCCCGGGUCGUGCCUCCUGCCAUUCCCCGGCCUGGGCUGGCGGCUGUCUUCUCGGGAGCAACCGCAGCACGCAACUGGGUGGGGGGGCAGCGGCAGGUAGCCUGGCCUCCCUGGGGCUGGCUGGCAGGGGCCCGCGGAGAGGUGCUGGACUGU